UUAAAAUGCAUGGUAAUUUUAUUUUAUUGAAAUAAUUUGUGUAAAUUUAUCUACAAAAACGCAAAGUUAUGCAAUUGUUGCGCUUCGCAAAUACGCAACAUUUUUAAAUUGUUAAUUUAAAAAUGUUGCGUAUUUGCUUAAACAUGUUAUGCAAAUUACUUUUUAACAAAAACGAUAUUUAAUUUUGAUUUAAAAACACGGGAAAUAAAUAUAGAUUACUCUUAUGAUAUACUUACUCCAUUUACUAAUUAAAGCUAUUUAUUACCGAUUUAUUCAUGUCAGGGAAAAGUAAGAAAAAAGUUGACACACAUUUUUUGGUAAGGGAAUCCAGGUCAUCCUUACCAAAAGACAAGUUUGCUACAAAGCAAGAGGUUUUGCAAUACUUCUUGCAUUUAAAGGAGAAGUACCCAAAACAAAAAGAAAGUAGAAUUAUCCACUGUCCAUUGACAAAAAACUUUGAAAUCAGCUGCCAUAAUGAAAAACAUACUUGCUGCACUCCUUCAAAGUUAAUUACACCUUGGUUGAAGGGUGGAUUUCAGAUUUUACAAUUACAAACAAUUAGUAUAAAGAUAGAGAAGCUGAUCCGAACCUGGAAACUGUUAAAAAUAAACAAAGCAAGACAAACUUUAUCAGAGAUUGAAAAAGGGAGGAGGUUUUUAACUCAGAUGAAAAGUAUCUUUUGGAUUGCACCUGAGCUCGAUACUCUGAUUGCAAUAAUUAAAGCUGAUAGGAAACGAAAGGAUCAAGACAAGACUGAAGAUAUUGCAUUUUUAUUAGACCAAUUAGGAGAUAGAAAAACUAGAAUAGGUGGAAUUGAUACAAGGUACCUUUACUCUGUAAACAGGAGUUUAUCCAAAAUUAAAAGGAAAUCAAAUUUGCAUGAAACCAUGUCAGAGAGUGAAUUCAGCUCAAAUGGAUCGGAGAAAGAUGAAGGUAAUGAUGAUUUUUCAUACCCAGAUCCAGAGUUAAAGAAAAAAGUCAAAAAAACUAAUACUGUUAUGCUUCCAAAAGAUAUUCUCAAGAGAACUGCUGAUACUGCUGUUGGGGAAGGAAUAAGUCAUAGGCAGCAUGCUUCCAUGAUUAAUAGUAUAAUUGCUAAAUCGGGUGGAAAUGUAGCUGAAUUUAAAUCUUCAACCUCUACAGCAUUACGCGCUGCAGAUAAGGUCAUUCAUGAUGAAUCAAAGAGUUUAAGAAAAAUCAAAGAGUUUAAGAAAAAUCAAUAAGAACAUUUUAGUUCAACUCCAUUUUGAUGGAAAAGUAUGUCAUGAAUAUACUGAUGGGAAAAAAUUGGAACAAGAUCGAUUAGCAAUAUUAAUAAACGCUAACAAGGAAACGCACCUGUUGGGAAUUCCACCCAUUUCUUCUGGAACUGGCGAAAAUCAAAAAAAUGCAAUCAGAGAUAUCUUAAAUAGCUUUAACCUUACAGACAAUAUACAAGCUGUAACAUUUGAUACAACCAGAAUCAACACUGGAAACAAAAAUGGAGCUGUAUCUUUACUGGUAAAUGAAGUCUUUCAACGACCAGUUCUAUCUAUUGCAUGCUGACAUCAUGUCAAUCAGCUACACAUAACACAAUUCUGGAAAAAUUAUCAAAGUAGCAUUACUUCUGGACCAGAUAAUCUGCUGUUUAAAACUUUAAAAUCAGCAUGGAAUGAUCUUGACGCAGACAACCAGGUUUUGAGAAGAUUGACUAUUUCAGAGGAAACAUGGCUUGGUCAUCAAAAGUAUGAAAGCAUAACGUUCUGCAGAAAUAUUAUCACCAGUGGGUCUCUAAAAAAGGAUGGGGCUACAAGGAAGGACUACAUUGAGCUGGCAGAGCUUACACUUAUGGUGGUUUCUGAGGACAGGCACAAAUUUUGUACUCCCGGAGCAGUCCACCAUGCCCGCUUUAUGGCAAAAGGUAUCUACUACCUAAAACUCCAACUUAUGAUGGAUGCUAUACCUAGUCUGGAAAAAUGGCUGAAAACUUAAAAAGAUAUGAGAGCGCUUUGGCAAAUGAAUAGGUUUAAGGAAUACAAUUUGAUUGGGGCAGAAUCAGUCAUUAAAUCUAUCAAACGCCACACAUGGUUUCUGGACCCUUACCUUAUUGUACUAGCUCUAGCUGAUGAAAAAUGUAAAGAAAGAGAUGAUAUUGCUCAAAAACUAUACAGCUAUGAAUUUCAUAGUAUGGAUGAAUAUCCGUUAGCCCGAAUAAGUGCUAACAUAGAUGUCCUCAAUUCUUUAGACUUCAGUGGACCGAAGCGUCCCAGCUUAGUUCAUUUGGUCACAGAAAAUUCGUGGCUAUUGUUCCUUAUGAUAGGCCAAAGUAAAAGUGACUGUCAAUGGAUGAAAACCCCUCCAGAAUAUUGGACUUGCAACGAUUUCUACUUAAAAUUUCACGAGGCAGUUUUUAAUCUUUCAGUUGUUAAUGAUUGCUCGGAAAGAAUCGUUAAACUCAUAAAAGACAAAAUUGAUAUUGCCCAAAAAGAAGAGAAAAGACAGGAUUCACUUUUAUUUUUGCAUAAUUACAAAAGGAAGUAUGGAGAAUAUAAAGAGGAAAAACUAAGAAAUCCAAGAAAAACAAAAAAACAAAAAAACAAAAAAAUAUAAAAAUAUAAUAUAACAUUUUAAAAAAAAAAUUAUAAAUUUUAUAGAAAUUUAAUUAUAAAGAAAUUUGUUAAACAAAAUUGCUAGACGUUUUAUUCAAUAUAAUUAGAUUUUUUUUCGUUUCAUGUAAUUUAAUGAAGUUUCAUGCAAUAUAAUAAAGUUUUUAUAGACCUUUAAUGCUAUAUAUAGAUGUUUUAUGCAACAUAGUUAGGUUUUUUUUUCCAAAUGGCUUAACAUAUCCAUAAAGAUAUUGCAAUGCGUAAUAUUCGGUAAAAAUCUGCAUAACUUUGCGUUUUUGUAGAUAAAUUUACACAAAUUAUUUCAAUAAAAUAAAAUUACCAUGCAUUUUAAUUUUUUUAUUCCAACUUAGAAAAAACUCUAAAAAAAAAA